AUGUUGCUGACUUCAACACUCGAAUCAAGAAACUCCGAACUUGCGAAACAUGCGAACGCUGGUGACUUGUUGAUUAUAUCGCGAAGUCAGACAGGAAACGGACUGGUUCAUCGCCUCCAUAAUGUUUGCUGGGCGAUCGAUUAUAUAAAUCCCGAUUUCGUAUUUUCUUCGAGCUCCUGCGCACUUUUUGCUUCUUUGAAGUUUCAGUCCCUUCAUCCAACACACCUGCACACUCGAGUUUGUGGUUUGAGCGACUCUUACGCGUUGCGCAUCGUCGUUUGUCUUGUUGAUGACGAAGAUGAGAAUAGUUCGUUGCCCGAAGUAAACAGGUCCGCUGGUCUUGGUGACUGCGCUUUGGUUUGCGCAUGGAGCCUUGAUGAGGCCGCAAGGUACAUUGAAUUCUUUCACGGGUGUGAAAGAUUCAUAGGGAGUUCCAAGGAGAGUUACAACGACGAUUACAUGACCCAGCUUCACGAAGCCCUGAGUUGCUCGCACGGUGUCCACAGAGUCGAUGCAGCGACACUUGCCACGCGGUUUGGGACUUUCGCCUGCAUAUUACGCGCAACGCAUAAAUCACUACUGUCAAGUCCAGGCCUUGGAGUUACGAAAGUGGUUCGACUGUCUGAAACGUUCCACACGCCGUUGCAACUCGCAUCGCAUUUCUAG